ACUGCACAUUUUGUCUCUUGCGCGAAUAAAAGUUUAUUUCGUGUAAAAGAAAUUAUUUUUGAUGAAAUCGAACAAGUCAAUCGGUUUUAAAAAACGAAAAACACGUUUCAGUCGCUUUUUGCACCCCAUCGAGUUUAGAAUAGAUUCCUUUAGUGUACCGGGUGCUUUUGCUUUGGAAAUUUUCCACUGUUUUCAAACUGAGUUUUGGGUUGAAAAUCGAGAUGAAGGAUUUGAUUUUUUACUUUUUCUUGCUGUGUAAUAUUUUUGAGUUCGGGUCGGCUAUUCGAAUAGGAGACAUUUUGAAAGUUUGUCACCAGAAAGAUCCAAAAUUGAAUAAAUGCAUAAAAGAAAACCUGGAAAGCUUAAGACCGUUUUUAAAAACAGGAAUUCCAGAAUUAUCAAUUCCAUCAUUCACGGAGCUACACAUCCCUGAGAUUGUAAUUAGUCAAUACACAUCGUUUUUCAUAGGAUAUGUGGAGAUUAAAUUCAGCAAUCUUCAUUUAACUGGUCUGGAUGGAUUUCAAAUUGCAGAUUUAAAAGCUGAUCUGGAUAAUAACGAAUUGUAUUUGAAACUUUGGUAUUUGAGACUGAAUUCGAAGUCCACCUUCCGCUACAGUAAAACAAUCGUUAUUAAUUUCAACGGUGGUGGAUCAACGGAAGGAGAUUAUGCCGACAUCGGUGGCACCAUUCAUAUCAAAGGAACUCGAAAUCAUACGAAUGAAGAUGGUAAUACGUAUUUUUACAUUCACAGCGCGCAAUUAAGCUUGGAUUUUUCGCAGACAACGGGCACUUUCAAAAAUGCUCUAGAUCCUUCCUCCGAUGUUAAAGGAAAGGCAGAAGAAUUCGUGGUGACUCAUUGGAAAGAUGUUAUGGAAAAUAUGAAACCGACUUUAGAAAAACACACCAGUGAAGUGAUCACACAACUUUUCCAAGCUAUUUUCAAACAAAUUCCUCUCGAAGUAUUUUUACCAUCGUAGAGAUGAAAUGGUGAUUAAUUGCUCAUGGCCUAUGUAAGUUUGAGUUUUCGCUCUUCUCAUCGUACAAGUCGUCACUAAAUAGUAAAUUUUUUUGAAAAAAAGUUUAUAAUUCCAAAAAAAAAAUGAAUCGAUUUGAAAUUAAAUUGUGUUUUACGUUUAGAUAUAUUUAACAGAUAAUUGAAAUAAUGUAGGGGAGCUCUUCUAAGUAUAUUAGAAUAAAUUCAUUUAUUCAUUAAGAGAAUUUAUAUUUUUUUAAGAGAAAUUAUAUAAAUAGGUACGAGUACCUACUUAUCGAUUGUAGUAAUAUUUUUAUUUUAUUUUUUAAAAGAAAUCCCCGAAUUGUUGUUUAUACGAACCCGAUCACA